AUGGCGAGUUGGGAGUAUCCUAAACAUAAAGAGUUUCCCAAACUUCCGGAAGAUCUUUCGAAAAUUGAUCCUUCCGACAAACAAGCUGUCCUGGAUGCACGCGAGGCAUUUAUACGUGAAAGAUGGAUAAAAGUCAUGGAAACUAAACUUUUGCGAAAACAGCUGGUGUUAUGCUAUAAACGUGAAGGAGUAAAUCAUUUCAAAAAUUGUCGAGAAAUUGCAGAAAAAUACUUAAAAUCGUUGAAAGAGGUGCAGAAUUGGAAUACGCAUAUAUGA